UGAGCAGCGGAGGGAGGAGCUGAAGUCUACACAGCUACACUGCUUUUUCUCUUCUUCGCUCAGCACUCACACAGAAUACACGUCCGUCGAGACCGGCAGCUCUUACUGACUUCCACUUACAGCUGAUCAUGGACUACGUGGAGCCCAUCCUGACCAUUGUCUCAGAGAUCUACACACUGAUUGAGACUGUGAAGGCCAAUAAGAAGAGCUGCCAACGUGUUUUUGGCCGAGUCAAAUCCCUGGAGCAGCUGGUGAGGUCCAUCCAACAGAGAGGGACAGUCCAAGUCUCUGAUGACGUAGAAAAAGCCCUCAAGGAACUCAACAGCGUUCUGAAAUCAGCACAAACAAUCAUAGAUAAGUACGCCUCCUCUAACUGGGUGAAGCUCAUCCUGAAAUCCAGCAGCCACAAAGAGGAGUUCGUCAUUGUCAAUGAGCGCCUCAAUGAGACCUUCCAGCUGCUGUCUGGAGCUCUGCAAUUGGAGCAUGGGAAUGCGCUGUACAUGGUGUAUGUAGAGGUCUCCAAAAAGAAGGACGAUGAGGAUGCCGGGACAGAGGACGACGCAGAGCUGAAGGACUUGCUCCUGGAGAACAUGAGGGAACAGCAAGAGAAACUGGACGCCAUCAAAAGCGACGUGGAGAAGCUCAUAGAGAUAAUGAAUACGCCCCGCAAGGCUGAAGACAACCGAAUGAUCAAACAAAGCGAUCUGCAGUACGAGAGAAAGCCCAUCAUGAAGACAGCAACCUCAGAGGUCUACAAGGGAAAGUAUCAUGGAUUCGAAGUGGCCAUCAAGAGAUACACGGAGCCUGUGAACAAAAGCCCAAGGGAGAUACGUGCUUUUUUCGAGAGGGAGGUUAAAACCAUGAAACAGUUUCAGUCGCCCAACAUCCUGCGAAUGUAUGGCAUCUCUGUCCGGGAUGAAGACGGACCCAACCCUCAGUUCCUCGUUGUCACGGAGUACUGUGAGCUGGGAAGUCUCCGACAGGUUCUGGACUCUAACGUUGAACUGUCCUGGGCCAGGAAAGCUCAAAUGUGUCUGGACGCAGCACUAGGACUCUACCAACUACAUCACACUGGAGAAAGAAGUAGGGUUCAUGGAUGCAUCACCAGCAGCAAGUUCCUGGUGGCUGAGAACUUCAGGGUCAAGCUUGGAGGUUUUGAGCUGGCCAAAACAGAGACGUCAUUGAAAAGGUCGAAAAUUGUCGAGAGCAGGUCCUCGUGCUACGAAUCUCCUCAGAAGCUCAACGACAUCAACUACGAGUACAGCGACAAGUGUGAGAUAUACAGCUUUGGUAUCGUCUUGUGGGAAAUUGUAACUCGUAAGAUCCCUUUUCAAUUUUGUUCAAUUGAACAAAUCGAACAGAAAGUGUGCAAAGAGAGAUCUUGCGAACCGUUUCCUGACGACUGUCUUGACUGUCCUGAAGCACUGCGCAAGCUGAUCGACGACUGCCGGGAGUACGACGGCUUCCACAGACCCUCUGCUGGAGUGCUGGUGGAUGAACUGCAGGUCCUGGUGGCACAGUUAAAGAAGCAAUAAAAGUCUUCAACCUCUGCCAGUUCAUCACAAGUAUUCAGGAUUUCUGAAGGUUGAGAGGAAACAAAAUUGUUAAGUCAUAAAACCAAUCUAUAGAUAGAUAGAUAGAUAGAUAGAUAGAUAGAUAGAUAGAUAGAUAGAUAGAUAGAUAGAUAGAUAUAUAGAUAUAUAGAUAGUUAGUAGUGGUAAUAAUAGUUAAUAAACAUUCAUAGUUUAAUAGUUCAAUAUAUCACUUUGUAUAAAUCACCAAAAAAAGGUUUACAAGGCACUAAAAGACUUAAUGUGACUCUGGUGUAAGCUGCUGGAUUCCUUCUCCUGCAUCUUUUUACAGUUGUGGUGUGUUGUUUCAACAGCUGUAACUGAAAAUGUUUUUUUAAGUGAAUGUAUUUUAACCUGUUAGAACUUGGAUUCCUUUGGAGCUGGUAGUAAUUUCAGGGAACUUUGGAGAAGCCAUAUAUACCAAGAAAAUGCUGUGAUUUCAACAGAGCAGCUGUAUUUUAUAGCAUUUAUCAACCACAGGACAGCAGGCCUUCACUACCUUAUAAAUCCUGUCUUUGUAAAUGAGCCGUAUAUAAAUCUCACACAUGCACCAAACUGUUUCUCAGGAGAUUUUAACACCAGCUCUGGAGACUGCUGUAACUCCAUCGCAUCAAACUGAAAAUGUCUCCACCUAGUGGUGACAAACGUUACGUUUUCAUGCUGUUACAAAAUUCCAUCCUUGUGUUUCAUGUAAUUUAGCCUUUAGCUUUGACCAUUGAGUCUGUGAACAAAAGCAGUGUUUCAUGCAGCAUGACUGGUUUCAAUAAGAAUUCAGUCUUCUUCACUCAAACUGAUGAAAAGAGAAACCACAGAGGGGGAGUUGUAUUCUUAUUUUCAAUAAAAUUUCGUAUUUUAACCCAA